CACUUUGGUUCAUGAUCUAUCACAAAUAACCACCACAACAAACAAAAAUUAGAAAGAAGUCCAAGACAGAGCAAUGGCGCAUUUAGCAGCAAUGGGCGUUUCCCAAAUUUCCUCUUCAAUAUACAUGCCGGAACUUCCACUCAAGUCUCAAAAUCCACAGCCCUCGUCCAUUUUCCUCAAGAGAAUCGGCGUAGCUCAUAAAAGAUUCAAUCUUGUUAAAGCUACCGUCGAUGGGUCCCCAGUCCCAGCUCCAUCCCCUGGUCUUUACUCUGCUAAACAAUUCGAGCUCACCCCUGAAAACGUCGAUAUGGUUCUUGAAGAUGUUCGACCAUAUCUCAUUUCUGAUGGCGGAAACGUUGAGGUCGUCUCUGUGGAAGACGGUGUCGUUUCCCUCCAGCUUCAAGGAGCGUGCGAGAGUUGUCCUAGCGCAACAACUACAAUGAAGAUGGGGAUUGAAAGGGUACUCAAAGAAAAGUUUGGAGAAGCCAUCAAGGAUAUUCGCCAAGUAUACAAUGAGCAAGUAGUUGAAACCACUGCUGAGGCUGUGAAUGCUCACCUAGAUAUAUUAAGACCUGCCAUUAAAAAUUUUGGUGGUAGUGUGGAAGUUUUAUCAGUUGAGGAAGGCAAUUGCAAUGUGAAGUAUGUUGGGCCUGAGUCUAUUGGAUCAGGAGUCAAAGCAGCAAUCAAAGAGAAGUUCCCCGAUAUUCUCAAUGUUGUGUUCACGGACUAGCUUGCUUCGCGACAGUUCUUCUUUUGAACAUACUGUGAAGUUUAAUGCCAAUACUAUUAUCUCUUGUGUAAGAGAGAUGUAUACUCCCAAUCACUUCGAGCAAACUUACAGUACAUGUUCACUAUGUAAAGAAAUAACAAUAUAGAUGAAGUGGCCAAGUUUUCUUCCCACCUCCACUAUAUGUAUUUUUUACAAUUCAA